GUUGCGCCUCCUGGCGGGCGGCAGCGCGGGUGCGGCGUUGGACGAGAAGGAGGAGGAGGAGGAGAAGGGAAGAAGCCGAAGAAGAAGCCGGCGGGGGCCUGGCUGAGACCCCGAGGGGUGCCGGAGUGACCUGGGGCCCGAGCCCUGGCCGCAGGCACACCCCAUGCCGGCCUCCCAGCCCGAGCGGCACCCCGGCCCUGCCCGCCGGCCCUCAGCGCGGGCCCUGCAGCCGUGGCGGAGCGCAGCGAGACGCCGACCUGAGCCCGGCUCGGCGCCGCCACAGCGCGGGUGACAGCUCUCCGAGCAGCAGCCCCGGAGGAUGGAAGAGAAAAGCAUGCUGUGUGACUUCUUUGAAGAGGAGAAACUUACCAGUUCCAGGGAGGAGAGCACUGAAGGUGAUGUGAAGACAUUUUGGACACAAUUGGGAGGUAGAAGAGUGGACAUCAUAUUUGAGCAGCUGCAAAAUGUGCUGUCCUUGCUGAAGGAAAAGAUCAAGAAUGGAACUGCAACAAACCAAGAAUGCUGGCAGGCUUGGGCACUGGUGAAUGAAGCUAAUCUAGGUGAUCUCUUAACCUUGCCAAAUGUAAGUGACGAGUUGAAUGGAGAUGGUGCACAGGAAACCAAACCCAAAAUUCAGCCUCUUCUUCCAGGUGACAAUGCUGCAGACACUGUAGAAGCUUCUGACAGCGAAAAAGAGGACAUGGAAAGAACUUGCUCAGGGAGUAAAGAAGCAUCUAGCAAAAUUCAAGGUUUACCUUUAAAUGUGCAGUAUCAGAACCAUAAGUGCUCUAGUGCAUGUCUUGUCAACAGAGCAGUGGGUUCCUACAGGGGUGAAAAUCCUCUGAAGAUCCCCAUCCUGUUUGACUUCCAAAGACGCCAUGCAAAAGCAGACUGCCUUUCAAAGCCGCUGGAUGUGAAUUACAAAGCUCCUUGUGGUCGGAGUCUGAGAAGCUUUCGAGAUGUGCGGAACUACUUGUUUGAAACAGAGUGCAAUUUCUUGUUUGUUGAUCACUUUUCCUUCAACACCUAUGUACUGUUGGGUAGGAACACCAUGAAUCCCGAGCCCCUGGUGUUUGAGUUUGAUAUUAGCGAUGGAGCCGAGUCUGUGCCCGUCUCCUUCUGUAACAAUCUCGACCACGCAAGAUUGCCUUAUUUCAAAUAUCGGAAGUCAUCGUGGCCACGUGGAUAUUAUCUCAACAAUCUCUCCAGCCUGUUUGUUGAUUCCUGUGACUGCACAGAUGGCUGCAUCGAUAGGUCAAAAUGUGCAUGCCUACAGCUAACAGCAAGAGGCUGUAGUAAAAUUUCUCAGUCUCCAAGUAGUAAAAGAUCUCGUGGGUACCAUUACAAAAGACUGGAGGGACCUGUUCCUAGUGGGAUUUAUGAGUGUAGUGUGCUGUGCAGGUGUGACAAGCUGAUGUGUCAGAACAGAGUUGUACAGCAUGGCAUUCAAGUCAGGCUGCAAGUGUUCAACACGGAGAAGAAGGGCUGGGGUGUCCGCUGCCUGGAUGACAUCGACAAGGGGACAUUUGUUUGUACUUACUCAGGCAGAUUAAUGAGCAGAGCUGAAGUUUUGGGAGAUGCUGAGCAAGAGCUGAAGGAGAAAAGUGCAGUGAAUGAUAGAGGCCAUGACUUUUCUUCCAAAAAAAGAAAACUUGACCUUGGUCGUUCAGACUCAGUGAUUGAACUAGUGCAGACUGACAAAAAUUACAUUCUUGAGAAUCAGGAUUCUUUGUCUCAGACUGUGGAUAAUGAAAAUAAAUCAAUUCUAGUUCAUCAGAAGAACUCAAGUAAUGCAGCAGUGAGGAGGCCUGGAACUAGAACACUUGUUUUUCGCAAUCACCAGCUAAAAAUGGUAGUGCACAGUACCAGCUCAGAUGAAGAUGAUAGUUCUCAGAUUCAUCAGCCAAGCAAAACAAAACUAACCAGUGGAACAAAGAAAGGAAAACAAAAAUCCACCCAGCAGCAGAAGGGAGAACAUCUGAUGGACAUUGGACAGACUGACUCUGCUGGUGUAGAGAGUGCAAGAUGUGAAAGGAAGAGUCUGUCACUGCAGGGUGUUGAGUGUGGCAAGUCCACUGUGCUGGAUGACACCUGUGUUGUGAGGCCAUCCAGCAAUGCACCCCUAAAAACUGACUGCAAAGACAAUAGCAGGCAGCAAAAACAAGAUGCACUUAGUGAGGAGUCUGAGGGUGAUGGGAUGCUUCCCAAGAACAGUAAUGAAGAAAAUAUUUAUGUACUGGAUGCCACAAAAGAAGGAAAUGUGGGUCGUUUUCUAAAUCACAGUUGCUACCCAAAUCUCUUUGCACAAAGUGUGUUUGUAGAAACUCACAACAGAAGUUUUCCAUGGGUGGCAUUCUUCACAAACAGGCAUGUGAAAGCUGGAACCGAGCUCACCUGGGAUUAUGGUUAUGAAGCUGGAAGCAUGCCAGAGACAGAAAUUUCCUGUCACUCCCUCGGGAAUGGCUGCUCGGCGGCGGUGCCGGGCAUGGGUAUCGAACCCAGGCAUCGGGCCGUACCCCCCGGCGCGCCCGGCGGUGGCCCGGACACACCUCCCUUAUCACGUGACCGGCGCCUCAGCGGCGCGCCUUCCCGCCAGCCACGCGAGGGCCCGCAGCCAAUCAGCGCCGCGCAGGUGUGCGGGGAGGAGCAUCGGUGGGCGCCCCCGCGCAUGCUCCGUGGCCCGGCCGGGCGCGCUCACUUCCGCGCGGGAGAGUUGAGGGCGGGGGAGGGGGCGACGGUAGGAGUGACGGCUCGCGCGAGUCGGGCCGCGAGCGGGCGUUUUCCUGCUCUAGGUGCUUUCUGGAUAAUGGCGAAGAUGGUGAGAACGACAUGUGCGUUUUGUUCAGAAGGGGAGGCUGGCUCUGUGAUGUAUAUCGCCACAGAGAGAAAUAUUGCAGCUCAUCAGGAUUGUCUGUUAUUUUCCUCAGGAUUUGUGGAAUCUGAAGAUCAUAACCCAGAAAAUCUGGAAAUAAGGUUUGAUGUGUCAUCAGUGUUAAAGGAGCUCAGGAGAGGAAAGCGGCUGGUGUGCAACUUCUGCCGCAAGAAGGGGGCCACGGUGGGCUGCGAGGAGCGCGCGUGACGCAGGAGCUACCACUUCUUCUGUGCCCUCUGCGACGAUGCCGCUGUGGAGACCGACGAGGUCAACGGCGUCUACAGAGUGUUCUGCCCAAAACAUGACCCAGGGAAUAGGACCAAUCGCUAUGAUGCAGCUAAUAAGAAAAGAAGACGUACAUUGACAUCUCCCACCAUCACAGAAGAAAUGACCACAGAAGAGACAGCAGAAGAAAACAGUUUACGAAUACUAAAAAGAAAAAACAACAGGCAUAAAGUUCGGAUAGACUUUGUUAGGAAGUGCAAACAAGCUGGGCUUCUGGAUGAUAUAUUUGAAGAAAUGCUGGACACACUUCACCUGGCUCAGGAAAAACUGAUGGAUGACAACACUUCAGAAACAGAGUAUGAAGAGACAGUGAUGGCACUGUUUGACUGUGGACUGUUUGAAAAUAUACUGACAAAUAUUUAUUCAGGAACAGAAGAAAAAAUCCAGAAACUUAUGGAAAACAGAAAAAGACUGGAUCACAAGAUUGAGCUGCUGCAGGACUUAAAAGAAGUCAUCCUUCCUACUCCAGAGAACAUGGCCAGUACAUCCAGUACAGUGUCUGAAUAACCCCUCCCUGUGAUGGUGCAAUUGUUAGGAUUUUUAAUGAUAAAAACCAUAGACCAGUCUGAUCAGUGCCCAAUGCCCCAGCCACAAGAUGAGGGCUGAAUGGGUGCAAGAAUGUGGUGUUAUACUCAUUUUUAUACCUCACUGUUGCAAUACUUUAAAGUCCUUCAAGUUUUCAAACUUUCCUCUUCAAAUUUUUCCCUGGUUCCACUAUAAAUUUCUAUUUACAUUGCACAAUGGACUAUAAAUGAGUGUCAUUAACUAAAUUUAGCUUUUGCAAAAACUCAACAGAACCCUCCAGGGAAGACUUCUUUUCUCAAAGCCAGGGGAGUGUUCAGCUGCCACAGAACACUUGCUAAAUUCACUUAAACUGUGGGAGCCCUCUCCUGGCUGGGCAGUAGUGCCUCACUGUCUGUGUCUAGACAGGGAUGUUUGAAGGAUCAUAGUGCUGCUGUGGCUUUCCCAAAAAAGAUAAAUGAGCAGGACUCGCACCCAAAGAAGCCUUCUGGAUUACAAACAGGAGUUUAAUUUAAAAAGCCAAAUUAUUCUUUAUUGACUGGUCAAAGUGCACUGUUCCUGCUAUAAUGGCAGUGGUAAAGCAGUGGUUUGCAGGCAGACCAGAAAGGGUUGGGCAUUAUACUCAGAACAAGUACAAUGUCAAAUGGAGCAAAACAGUGACUGGAUCUUCCCUUCUCCAUUAAGAAAGGGUUCAACUUUCAUGUGUUUUGUCUUUAAAAUACCGUUUGAAUACAAAAAAGCCACAACAGGCUAAGUUAAUAAAAUAAAACAUUUUUUAAAGGA